AAUAUCACUCGCAUCAUAAAACAAAGUCGUAUCGGAAAAUUAGGGUUAGGGAUUUUCCUUCUUUCCGUUGUGAAAUUCAAGUAUGGCGUCAACGAAGAAGAUCACUUUGAAGAGUUCCGAUGGCGAGGCCUUCGAGGUAGACGAGGCGGUGGCGUUGGAGUCGCAGACCAUCAAGCACAUGAUCGAGGACGAUUGCGCCGAUAGCGGCAUCCCGCUUCCCAACGUUACCAGCAAGAUCCUUGCCAAGGUUAUCGAGUACUGUAAGAAGCACGUUGAGGCUGCGAGUUCCGACGAGAAGCCCUCCGAUGAGGAUCUCAAGGCCUGGGACGCUGAGUUCGUCAAGGUUGAUCAGGCCACGCUCUUCGAUCUCAUUCUGGCUGCAAACUACUUGAACAUCAAGAGCCUUUUGGACCUUACUUGCCAGACUGUAGCAGACAUGAUCAAGGGGAAGACACCAGAAGAAAUUCGCAAGACCUUCAACAUUAAGAAUGACUUCACCGCUGAGGAAGAGGAGGAAGUUCGCCGGGAAAACCAAUGGGCAUUUGAAUGAUUUGUUAAGCUUUUUAAAUCUCAGUGAAAGACAUGCCAUGUGGGUUUUAUGCAUGCUAUAUAGUUGCUAGCUUUUCUUGUUGACUAUUUAUGUUUUCUGUUUACCUAUCAGACUAUCAAUCCUCGUGUACUUGUGGACAAUCUUGAAAUUGUAAGUAAUAGUUGAAUAUGUUGGUUGUAAUGAUUUGGUUCUUGUAUGAGAGUUUAUUUGAUAAUUCA